AUGCUCAUCCUCCCCGACUCCGCAAUCCGCACCCUCCUCCACAACCUCACCAAACAAGAAACUCUCCACUUCCAACAAAAACUCCAAACCUCUCUCCAAGGUUUCUCCUCUUCCGAAAAACAACAUCAACCCUCUCCUGGCAUCACAACCCGUCCCAACGGCCAAAAGACUCUUUUCCGACCUUUUACUUCUCCCUCUUCCGUCGGUUGUAAAAUCAUCGUCGAUCCGGCUCCAGACCCAAAUACAGGAACAAAAGAUGUUUUACAUGGUGUGCUUGUAGUUUGUGAUGAGAAAGGUUUACCAAAAGGUUUGAUUAAUGCUGAGGAGGUGACGAGUUUUCGGACGGCGUUGUGUAGUUUGAUUCCUUGGGUUUGGAGGAAGAGGACGAGGAAGGUUGUGGUUUUUGGGGCGGGAAAGGUGGGGGUUUGGACUGUGAGGUUGUGUUUGAGGUUGAGAGGGGAGGAGGUUGAGAGUGUUGUUGUGGUGAAUCGGAAUAAGGGGAGGGCAGAGGAUGUUGUGGGGAAGGUGGAACCGGGGAGCGGGGGAAGGGAAGGGUUGGAGAUUAAGGCGUUGGGGAGUGAGGACGAGGAGGAAGUAAGGAAAGCUUUGAGAGAGGCUGAUGCAGUGUUUUGUACUGUGCCUUCGGAGGCUGUGUUGUUUGAUGAGAAAGAUGUGAGAAGAGAGGAUGGGCAAUCGAAGCCUUAUAUUUCAGCCAUUGGAUCUUGGAGACCGAAUUUGAUUGAACUGGAUCCGGAACUGUUGAAGCGAGUCGUCAGCGAGGAGAAAAUGUAUAAUCCUGUUUCUCAGAGCGAUGACGGAUUUAUCCUUGUGGAUGACCGCAAGUCGGUGGCAGAGCACACUGGGGAACUUCUGCGAAGCAAAUUAACUGAGAGGAAGAUGAUAGAGGUUGGCCAGAUGCUCGAGAUUCGAGAAAAUUUGAGACAGAGUGAGGAAGCUGCGAAGCUCAAUGCGCAUCUCGAGGAAGGCUUCUUGAUAUACAAAAGCGUAGGGGUAAGCGUAACUGAUCUGGCAUCAGGAGAAGCGAUAUUGGAAUUAGCACAGAAGCAAGGGAAUCUGGGGACAGUUAUCACGGACUUUUAA